AUGUCGGCUCUGACACGCUGCGUCCUCGUGGCGGCGGCACGGAGUGUCGGUAUGCGGUACUCCUUUGCCAAAGGAGUACGAGUAUUGAUUCUGAUCUGUGCUUAUGGUGGCAUCAGUCGUCGUGCCACCGUCGAGCUCGCAGAUCUAUAUGUAGUAAUACCGAAAGGCCUCAAGCCUCUGCCAGGGCCUAAAGGUUAUCCCAUCAUCGGCGCGGUAUCCGAGGUCCCUGAAAAGAACAGCUUCAUCAAGUUUGCCGACUGGGGCAAAGAAUAUGGUCCUAUAUACCAAGUCAACUUGGCUGGAGACAACCAUGUCUGGAUUUCGACAGAUCAAAUCUCCAAGGACCUCUUGUCGAAGAAAGCAGCAAUCUACUCUGACCGUCCACAUAUACCCGCUCUGAUCGACGACAAUCGCACGAGUGCACAGUACCUUCCAUUGCUCAGUAGGAAUGAUGGCCAUACCCGCCAAAGGAAGUUUGCAAACAUCAUCAUGCGCGAAUCAGAAAAGGCGCUCUUUCACCGAUACCCCGAACUAGAGGCCAAACGUAUGCUGGUCGAACUUCUCGACGAGCCUGACCGGUACAAUCAUGCUCUCGAAUCUUUCAUAGCCCGUGUCACUUGCCGGCUGGCAUGGGGCCACAGCGAAGGCAGCGAUGAACUGAAGCAACGAGCUCGUGAACUCCUCAUUGGCGUUUCCCCGACUGGAUCGUUUGCUAACAAACUCCCAUUCAUCAUGGCUCUUCCGGACUGGCUAUCCCCCGCAAAGGCGUGGGAGAGACGACGUGCAAAGACGGAGCGGACAUGGUUCCAGUGCAUGCAAGAUCAAGUAUCAAAGGACAUUCGAGAAGGCAAGGCCACGCCCUCAUGGAUGAAGACGUUCCUCGAUGGUCGCAGCAAGUGGGGCUUCAAGUCCGAUCUAGAGGGCGCAUACGCAGUUGGCAUGCACGGUAUUGCCGGUGCUCUGACGAUUGCGGCGCCCAUGCAGACGUUUUGCCUCGCCAUGACAUACUAUCCACAAUUCCUGCCCAUGCUGCACGAAGAGCUUGACCGUGUCUGUGGAGAUCGACUCCCUCGCUCCGAAGAUCGUCCCAGUCUUCCUUUCCUGAGAGCGAUUAUUCGCGAGUGCAUUCGCUGGCGCCCACCAGUUCCAACUGGUAUUCCGCAUUACCUGUCCCAGGACGACGAGUACGAUGGCUAUCACAUCCCCAAAGGCAGUACGAUUCAUCCGCUAGAAUGGGCUAUCGCGCGUGACCCUGACAUGUUUCCCGACCCGGAAGCAUUCAAUCCUCUUCGCUGGGUGGACCCAGCAUACCCUACCUACCAGGAGCCACUGACCAAAUUCCCAACCAUCAUCAACUCGACGCAGUUCGGCUACGGCCGCCGAACCUGUCAGGGCCAGACGGUCUCUGAUGAAGAUCUCCUCAUCGGCAUCGGCUCCAUUGCCUGGCUCUUCAACAUUCAACGCACACCAGGCGACAACUCCAUCGUCGGCGCAACAACGCCAUCUCCUCAAACCAAAAUGCGUGAGAAUGAAAAAUGCAAUAUCGUCAGCGAACCCGCCAAACUCCCCACCAUGGAACAAACUCUCCUCUCCAAAUAUGAUUACCCGGGGUCCGGCCACUUGGGGUCUACUUUCAUCCAGCCCUCUUCCCUAAAACCCACCUCCACCUCCACCACAACAGCCUCAUCCAACCCCCCCACCACCCCCCUAGAAUGGGGCGACACAACCCAAAAGCCCGCCGACCCCACCCUCGACUACUCCAUCCUCCUCAUCGCCAAACCCAUCCCCUUCAAAUUUCAACUCACACCACGCAGCGCCCACCGCGCCGCCAGCGUGCGCACUCUGUUUGAACAGGGCGUUGCCAAAGGCGAGUUUACGCACAGUAGGGAGUAUUGGGGCCCGGAUCAGGGGCGCACGAGCCUGCUGGGUUGGAGUAGGGUCCUGGACCUCACCUCGUCGACAUGUUCAUACUUGAAUACUAUUUCGCGAAAAGUUGGCGCCAGAACCAAGGUCACGACUCACGAUGAUCAAUUGAUAAGUCCAUCGCGCACUCACGUGACCACGCUGACAUCAUCCAUCCAUCCAUCCGUCCGUCUAUCCCUCCCCUCCCAAUCAAGUAGUCUGUCAAACCUCAGCAAAACAUCAACCAAACCUUCGCCAAAUGUUCCCACGAUAGCUCCCCUUCCCCAGCUCCCUCGAGGCCUGUCAAUUCUCCUCCCCUUCGCCAUUUCCAAACAACUCAGACAAACCAUGCUCGGCUUCCACUUCACAGCCACGCGCACCCAAAUCGCCGCCUACCUCUUCGGCGUCGCCCUCUUCAGCAUCUCCUUCCUCGUCUUCCUCAACAGCAGCGUGUCCUUUGUCAUCACGCAGCGCAUAGGGGAGUCGCGCCAUGUAGGUGAUGCCGUGGGCACGCUGGGCUUUGUGGACGAGCUGGUCGCGCUGGUGGCGUGUCCGGCGUGGGGAUUGUUGAGUGAUCGCGUGGGCGUGCGGAGUGUGGCGGUCAUGGGGUAUGCUAUUGUGGGAGUGGCUCUGUGGGUGUUUGUGCAGGCGCGCAAUGUCUAUCCGGAGUUGGUGUUGGCGAGGGUGCUAUUCAGUCUGGGGGGGAGUGCGACCGCGACUAUGGUCACAGCGAUUCUGCCUAGUAUGACGCAUGUUGAUCAUGUCAAACCGGAUCCGAGAUCGCCUACGAGACGGAAUGGCAGGUCACAUGCUGUUGCGCCCUCCAUUUCGUCGGAACUGACGAUUACACCUGCGCGGUUUCGAUCGAGCUCAAGGGAUGCAAUGGUGGAUGCGCCAGCUAGGAAGGACACGGGGGCUUCAACAUCCCAACUGGCAGGCUUGGUGGGUGUCUUCACGGGCUGUGGUGCUCUGGUAGCGCUUCUGGUCUUUCUACCACUUCCCACACGAUUCCAACAGGCUGGUGAGAGUCCAGCUACGGCCGUUGCAAGUGCUUUCUAUGUGGUUGGCUCCAUUGCAUUGCUCGUAGCACUAGGAUGUUUCUUCGGCCUGCGCCAACUCCCCGGCGAAGAAGACAAAGGCUGGAAACGCCUUACAUCAAACGACGACACCAAAGUCCCAGACCACCACUCAACCCGGCAUGUCGUCCUCUCCUACCCGCGCCUCUUCCUCGAGAGCGUCAGUCUAGGCUUCCGAUCCCCAAACAUUGGCCUCGCGUACAUAGGCGGCUUCGUUGCCCGCGCCUCCUCGGUCGCAAUCUCACUGUUCAUCCCCCUCUUCACUAACCACUACUUUCUCCAAAUCGGCCAAUGCACCGUCGACCCCAACAACCCAUCAGACAUUAAAAGCGCCUGUCCGCAAGCAUACAAACUCGCCGCCAUGCUCACCGGAAUUAGUCAACUCAUUGCACUCAUGUGCGCCCCCCUGUUCGGUUACCUUUCCGGCCGCUACCCAGAACACAAUAUCCCAUUGCUCGUCGCCGCGAUUGCCGGUAUAGCAGGCUACUCGGCCUUUGGCUCCCUCGAAAGCCCAGACUACAAAUCCGAAGAUGGAACUGGUGCCAUCUUCCUCAUCGUAGCCUUACUCGGCAUCAGUCAAAUCGGCGCAAUCGUAUGCUCCCUCGCCCUCCUCGGCAGGGGCAUCAACAACGAAGAAUGCACUGCUACGACCACCGCAGAAUUCUCCCACUCCUCCACCGAAAACUCCACAGACCCCCUCUCCCACCCCUCCGCAGGCGCCACACCCUCCACCAGCGCCCCCAUCUCCCCCGUCCGUGAACACCCAAGCCAAGACCAAGAACACGCGCCUCUCCUCCCGCACACCCGCAGCUCAACACGGCAAAUAUCCCGAGCAAACGCCCACUCCACCUCGCUCAACCACAUCAAAGGCUCCAUAGCGGGCACGUACAGUUUGCUCGGCGGCUUUGGCAUAUUGCUGCUUACCAAGGCUGGAGGCGCGCUUUUCGAUGCCACGGCGCCCGGGGCCCCUUUUUUCAUGAUGGCGGGGUUUAAUGCCGUGUUAUUUGCUGUUACGCUCGGGGUAGGAGUAUGGCGGGGUGGGAGUGAGAGGCGGGGGAGGAGGGAGUUGAGGUGA